UCUGAUGAAGGCAAUGUUUUUGUUUACAAUAUUUGGCUGAGAACACCUUGAUUUUUUAGAAUAAAAUAUUUUUUUUUCUCGGCCCUUUUUGGAAUGUAAAAAUCGCCAUGGACAAUGUUAAUGCAACGUUUUCAACAGUAAAUCCAAAAACGCAUCGUGUUUUGGAAUUAUUCAGUGGAAUAGGAGGAAUGCAUUAUGCUCUUCUACGAUCUGGGAAAUCGUUCGAAAUCGUGACAGCAAUUGACAUCAACCCGGUGGCCAACCAAAUUUAUAAUCACAAUUUUGGAUUGCGUAUGGCAAAAAACAGCAAUAUUCUAGGGUUGACAUCGGAGGCGAUUUGCCAAAUGGGGGUAGAUACAAUUCUUAUGUCCCCUCCUUGUCAGCCUUUCAGUCGCAAUGGUAACUUCGGAGAUGUUACCGAUCACCGGGCAGAUCCCUUUGUUCACAUUUGUGGCAUGCUGGAGGAUAUUCCACAGGUUGAGUUUAUUUUGUUGGAAAAUGUGAAAGGUUUCGAGCGGUCCAAGGCAUGUGAGCUGUACAAAACGAAGCUUUCCGUUGCUGGUUUUGAGUACAGGGAGUAUAUAUUGUCACCACAUAACUUCGGUGUUCCGAAUACUCGACAUCGUUAUUAUUGUGUUGCAAAGCGGCGGGGGUCGUUGAAAACUGCGAGCUCAGAGCAACUCAUAACUGAACUAGGACCCAAACACAUUCAGAUGACGAAAACUAUAAGUGAACUAGUUGAGGAAGAUUCACAACACCUAGACAAAUAUUUAGUAAAGGACGCUCUUCUCCAGAAGAGAUUAGCUAUAAUGGAUGUUUGCACGCCGGAUUCUACCAAUUCGAUGUGCUUCACAAAGGCCUAUACGCACUAUGUGGAAGGAACGGGAUCGGUGUACAGUCCUCUGGCGAGAUCCCAGUUUGAUACCAUCUACCGGCAGCUGAUAGCGAGUAACGACGAAGACGAACGUCGCUCCUUGCGGAGUCAGCUACGAUUGCGUUUUUUCACUCCAAGGGAAGUCGCCAGGUUAAUGUGCUUUCCGGAUGAUUUCGCAUUCCCGGCAGUUACUACAGACCGGCAGUGCUAUCGGGUACUGGGCAACAGCGUUAAUGUGCUGGUCGUUAGCUCGUUGCUUGACGAGUUGGAUUAAACGUCUGCUCAAUUUUAUUAAAA